AGGUCCCGUAUUCAUAGCUGUGGUAAUACCGAUAUCUUAGCUUUUUGUCAGUUGGCUUCGCUGUCAAACGGAAAAUGGCAGCGACAAGUGUUGUCGUUCUCGACAGAGGCAACAAUACAACUUGUACCGUAAAUCUUUUCGGUGCUACAGUAGUAUCAUGGAGAGUGAACAAUCAAGAACAGUUAUUUGUAAGUAAACAGGCAGUGUUCGAUGGCAAGAGGGCGAUACGAGGAGGGAUACCGUUUGUAUUCCCUCAGUUCGGACAAUGGGCGUUCGGUCCGCAGCACGGGUUCGCCCGGAUAGCUCGCUGGCACGUGGAAAAAAUGCCGGAGCGGUUGCCCAGCGGCGAUGUCGAAGCUGUCUUCAGCCUCAUGGAUGAUGACUUCACCAGGUCCAUGUGGCAUUUCCAGUUCAGACUGACGUACAGACUGAUCCUGCGCGAGAAGGAGCUGCACUUCAACAUCGGCGUGUACAACCCCAGCAAGGAGCUGACGUUCAGCUGCCAGAUGCUGCUGCACACCUACUUCAAGGUGCCCGACGUCAGGCGCUGUCAGAUCACCGGCAUGCACGGCUGCAUGUUCAUUGAUAAGACUCGGGAAGGCGCAGUGUACCAGGAGACGCGCGAGGUGGUGACCAUCAACGAGUGGACGGACAGGAUCUACCAGAACACGAUGCAGGAGCACAUCAUCACCAACGUCGUCAGCGGCCGCAAGAUGAGGAUACAGAAGUACAACUUCCCUGAUACUGUGAUCUGGAACCCAUGGGCGGAGUACGCGAAAGAGAUCCCUGACUUCGGCGACGACGAGUUCCCGAACAUGGUGUGCGUGGAGGCAGGCCGCGUGGCCGCGCCCAUCGUACUGCUGCCCGGCACCGCCUUCGAGGCCAGCCAGAUACUGCAGGUGAUGUAAGAGACUGGGCGACCCACACACAACGCAGCCGUCCACAGGAGCCGAGUCUAUACGUGUCGCGUCAUCAUGUACUCACACAACAGCCACUUAGCCGGGGCUCUACGCGUCAUUCCUCUACGCUGUGGCAUAUACUGGCGACAAAUACUACUACAAAACUAUAGUUAGCUGUUUAAACAAGUUUUCGUUCUGGAUUUUUUUUCAGCUAGAUUGGCAAAAUUCGGCUCUAAAUCGGAUCCAAUUCAGAUAUAGAGCGACUAUCGGUAAUUUCUUGUUUAGGUUUGAACUUCUGACUAGCCGUAAUAUUUCAGACAUAGUAGUCGUUUUUAGACAGAAUUUGAUUCAACAAUUUGAUGUUACUACAGAAACUCUUAUUCAUACAUGUAGCCAGUAUAUGCCAUAGUGUAUAAACCUUUACAUAGUAAACGAAUAAUCAUUAGUAUUCCAGUAAUUUUUGUACUUUUGCAAAUAUCAGUAGGUUCAAAUAUUCAUAAAAAUCAUUGUCAUUAUUAGUAGUUGUAAUUAAAUACAAUUCGUUCGGAUGUCAAUUUUGUAGCGUAAACAUAGACAUAUCGUGGGUUUUAGAAACCUUACUAUGUUCUGUUCUGAACAUUUUUUUUGAAAAUUCGAGUAUAGAGUUGAUUUAUAUUGUUUGAGAAAAUUCAACGUUAUUUUUAACAGGUUAAAGUACAAUUUUGGAAUCCAUCUGUUUGUUUAAACACAAGCUAUGUACUAAUAUUACUGAAACUAUCAGUGAACUAUCAGCUCUAUUAGAGCGCAUAAUACGUAAUAAUAAUAGUUUGUGUUCUAGGGUGUAUGUUAACUAAAUCAUUCCGUAUGUACAAUUUAAUUUACAAAUAAUUUUUAGUUUCACGUAAAAAUCCUCUUUACCAAAUACGCACAAGCUUAACUUCAUUCCAAGAAUAUUUCAAAUGAGUUCAAUGUGAAUUGUUUUUACAUUAGCAUUUAAUUAAUUUUGAAUCUUAUGUUUCUACAUGCAAGGUUCAGUACAUGUAUGUUUGGUGAAAUCUUAUAACAGAAAAAGGUUUAGUUAUUAAUUUCUAUAAACUAUAACAUUUCCAAAUCAUGUGAUCACGAAAUAAUGUAACAUUCGAACCGAAAAAGACAUUAGUUUAUAUCGAGUGGAGGUUAAGUUUCAUUGUUUUAUUACUCGCUGCCUUCUCAUAUAAUAUUGUUAUAAUCUUGCCAAAUGUUUCUAAAACUCUUCCUUCUUGUUUUUUAUUAUUAAUGAUCAGAUUCACAAUUUAUUACUUGCAUACUUCUCUAGAUCGAUGAAUACAAUGACAUAAGAUAUGAGUGAAUUAAUGUUGGCCAGAUUUUGUAAAAUUGUGAAUCUGGUCGCAUGGGGAUCGGUCAAAAUUGUAUCGAGAAUUCUUUUGUAAGCAUUUCGUACAUGUUAGAUUAUUUAUCAAAACUUUACAUAGCCUUUUUAUAAUAACUAUCCUGAGACGUACUAAAUACAAAAAUCACGGUUUACUCACGUCAAUUAAUGGAGGCUGCACGACGUGGCCGCGUCUGUGCACGCUGCUCAUGGUAAAAAGUCGCUCUGUGACUCGAAACUAUUAGAGCUUUUCUACAUUUUUAUCUCCAAAAGGGUAGACAGAGAUGCUUAUAAUAUACAAUGUAAUACCUACGUUUCACCAGCUAUGUUCUGACUUUGGACAAUUACAAGUAAAGUAAAUAAAACUUAUUUUGCAUAAUACCAGCAUAAUAUGUAUUUGCUCUAUCAUGAACGAAACGCUUACUUUAGUAUGGAGGUCGAAAUAUUUUUAAUAAAAUUAAAAUGGUGUGUCUACGACUAAACUAGCUUCCUUCUGUCUUCCGCUUGUUUUCUACUCUUGUUGUCAAUUUCUUCUGUUGGUUUUUUUAAGUAUUUAGCUAUUAAGGUACCUCAGUUUUGUUUUUAAGUCGCUUUCCUAACGCUAUAGUUGGGCCAUAACAAACGUCACAAGAAUCUCCCGCACAACUGUCAUAAGAGUGAGCGAGAGAUCUGAUAAAAUCUCAAGUUUUUCAUGGCCCAACUAUACUGUUGAAAAUCCAUUGCUUGUUUCCUAUAAAAGAAUAUUAAUAUGUUUAUUGGUACAAUUUUUCCUCAGUUUACAAAGAAAAGUGCCAAAUUGAGAGUCUGAAAAUGCGAGAACUGUGCACAAAAUUUUACAUCAGCUCAAUAAAGUUAGUUACAUUUUGUAUACGUGUUUAGGAGAUGAGGUGCUAAAAUUAGAAAGUUUUCUUCUCUUUGCAAUUUUUUUUUUGUGUUCAAUAAUAAUGGUUCUUCUGCACUCACAAGAUGGCGCUUGAGGCCUAAGGAUCUAUUAGUAUCAACUUAAGGUAAGCGUCCAAAGGCCCGCGUCGUUCGCAACGCAUGUAGGCAUUGCCGAUGAUGCGGUCCGUACGAUGCGGAUUAGUCGACGCAGUUGUAUCUGUUUCUAUACUAGACAAACUAAAAUCCGUUGCGUGCGGUGCGUACGAUGCGGGCCUGUCGACGCUUACCUUUAGUUGUCACAAGUUGACUGACUAAUGACUUGGCAUUAGCAUAUAUUUUAUUGAUCUAUAGGCCUUAAGCUGAACUAGCACCUUUAGUUGUGCGUAAUAUUUAAUUUCCGUUGUACAUGAACUUAAUAAAACUUAUUCUAUGGAAUAUAAGAGUUUUAAAUAUCAAUACGCAUGCAUUGUUUGCCAAUAGUUCGUCAUGUUUCCUCCUAGCAUUAAUACUCAGGCCGCUUUAGUAACUUAUUAUUGUACCAUUAAGUAACAGUUAACUAUUUAGCGUAAAAUCUAAUCAUAUCACAUUCAAGCGAAUUUUCUAUCUUUAACAUAGAAAUAACGAUACAUAAGAUAUGUUUUUCUUUAACUUCAAAAACAUUUCCAUUGCUCCAGGUUAAAGCCAGUACAAUACUAUAAUUUUUUAGUACAUAUAUUUUGUACAUUUUGUUUUUUUUUCUCUCUUUAAUAUUGGAACGUUUUUGGAGGCUUUUAAAGUAUACGAAGAUUAAUGUAAGAAUAUGUACUUAGAUAUAACGAGUUCCUUGUUUUAAAUACAAACGAUUGGGUAGGUUUUUUGUACUAAAUGACAUUGUAUUGUCAGUAGCAAUACACUGUUGUUAAUUAUUGUUAUUAUGUAUAAAUAAUAAAUAUACAUUCUGUAGUGUCUUGAUGCUCUCUCAGUGUAGAGGUAGAAUUAAGAUUUAACUUCAUUAAAAUAUUUGAUCCAUAGUUUUAAGUCAGUUUUUGACUUUUUGAUGUCCAUUAUGCCAAGUGGGGUCUUAGGACCUUCAUGAUAAUGUAAUUUGUAAACUAACUUGCUGGGCCACUAUGGAUAGAGCCCAGACAACGAAAUAUGCAACGAAGUGUACUUCCUUAGGUGCAAUAAAGUGAAGUAAAAUGGCA